AUGGAGGGAACAUCUAUCCAGAUGCUGCUGGCUCUGAGCUCCCUGCUGUGCUGCACAACAAACCAAAUUGGUGUGACUGUUAGUCCCAGCAGAUCUCAGUUCUUUGAAGGAGAAUCAGUGAUUCUGAACUGUGAGGACGACAGCUCUGCAGGAUGGACUCUGAGGAGGAACAUCUCAGUAGAAACCAGGACUCAGUGUGGAUCUACAUGGGGAAAAUCAGAUACUUUGCCCUGCAAGAUCAGGUAUGUACACAAAGAAGACAGUGGUGUGUACUGGUGUGAGUCCAGAGGGGGAGGAGCCAGCAGCAUGGUGGUUAACAUCAGUGUCUCUGGUGGAUCAGUGAUCCUGCAGAGUCCUGUCCUCCCUGUGAUGGAGGGUCAUGACCUCACUCUGAGCUGUCAAUCAAAGACCCCUCCCUCCAACCCCUCAGCUGCUUUCUAUAAAGAUGGCUCCCUCAUCAGGACUGAGCCUACAGGUCACAUGACCCUCCAGCAUGUUUCCAGGUCUGAUGAAGGUCUCUACAAGUGUCACAUCAGGGAUCAUGGAGAGUCUCCAUCCAGCUGGAUCUCUGUCUCAG